AGCGGAACGGGCGGCGUGGCCGGCGUGGGAGGGAGGGAGGCAGAGAGCACAGGGAGCCUGCGCCCGGUGGAGCAUGCUCAAGGUCACGGCCAGAGUCCAGCCAGAGACCCCAGGGCGUCCGCCGCACACCCGCCGUCCCACGCGAAGACUUCCGACCUCCGGCCAGAUGAGUUCAUGCAGCCUGACGGGAUCAAGGAAGGCGGCCACCACGGAGUCAACAUUUUAAAUAGGGCCGAAGGGAGAAGCAAGAGCGCAGCCACCACCCCUGAGCCACCUGUGGCUCUGCUACCCACCAUUUCACUGUGAAGAGUCAGCUGCCUGGGCCGUGAGGUCACUGCCACCAUGAGUCUGGGUAUCAUGGAAGAGGAAGAUCUGGCUGAGUACUUCCGGCUGCAGUAUGGGGAGCGGCUGCUGCAGAUGCUCCAGAAACUCCCCAAUGUUCAGGGACAGUCGGAGUCCCCAUCCAUCCGGCUACUGGAGAAGAAAAAGGAGACGAAAAUCAUGCAUCAUAAUAUGCUGCAGAAGAAGAAGAUGUUUCAGCGCAGAAUGGAAGCCCUGAACCUGCGCUGGGAGGAACUGAGCGUUAAGGAAGCCCAGCUGAAGGCCCACAUCCAGAAGUUUGAGCAGUUCAUCCAGGAGAACGACCAGAAACGGAUCCGCGCCAUGAAGAAAGCCAACAAGGAACGAGAACUCAAGCGCCAGCACAUGCAGGAGCUGACCAAGGGCAAGCAGGAGAUGGUGGCGCUGCGGCUGGAGCACCAGCGGCUGAGCGCCAAGCUGCAGGGCUACUCCAUCUUCAACAAGUACCUAGAGAAGGUGGUGGAGAACUCCGAGUCCCUGUGGCCGUAG